AUGUCUAGAAAAAGACACUCUGCCCAUGGCAAGAUUUUAAUCAAUGAAAAAUUAUCAGCAAGAGCUGAACAACUUCGACUUGACUUAUUACGAUUAGCAACUGAUUUACAACAAGUUGCACAAGCCAGUGAAUUAUCACGCAGUUCAAGAUGGAAUAGUACUCGUGGUCGAUGGUCUGCCGCUGGCCAAAAAGAUGCUCAAGAUUUUGUAUCUGUUCAACGUCAGAUUGCACGAGGUGAAGUCGCUCGUCAACAUGCUCACUAUAAGACGAUGCCGUGUAGGAUACGCAAGCCUCGUCCCCAACUCUUUCAAUCAUGGUUAAAAGGAGAUCAAGUCGAGGAGCAAGAAGAUGAUUCUGUCUUUGAUCAACAUGAUUCAAAUCAAGAUCAAUCAGCGAUAGCAGCAAAUCCCGAAGAAAAUGAAAAACUAAAUGAGGAACGAUAUCUUGAAGUAGUUGAGUCAGAUUCGGAAAAAAAUGGAACAAAUAGCCCAAAGCCACAAACAAAUACGCAGGAAUCGAUCCAAUUUAAGCAAGUAAAUGAUGUUGUUGCUAUCAACAUAGACGAUGUUGUCCGUGUGGCCACAUUUAUAGGUCAAAUAUGUGAAUAUCGUGUCGACGGAAUAAAGGAAAAUAAAUUGCGUUGGUGUGUCAUUACCAAAGAAAUGGACUUGUAUCUAUACGAUACAUUCAAUCAACCUUAUGUUAAAAAAAUGAAGUUACCUGGUUAUAAGCUUCAUUUAAUUAGCCAAUAUAUGGGAUCUUAUCAACACUUUAUCAUCAAAUUAAAUCAUCAGGAUAGAGUCCCAAAGACAAUCAGCUUUGUUAUGGAUAUGUCUGUGGAUCUGGUUGACGACGAAAAUCCACCAUCAAAAUUCCAAUUACUGCAACGACAAAAGCGCAAUCAUCAUGCAACCGUUAGAAAACGCAACGUAGCAAUAGCUAGCGGAGUUAAACAACCUAGAGCAAAAUCAGUCGAGUCAAGUUAUGACGAUGAUACAUACGUGUAUGACGAUAUAUUUGCUCAGUUGAGAAAAUUAAGAAUGUCAAUAUUUCAUAGCAGUUUGCCAAUCAAUCAAGAUUUUGAAAAUAUGCUAACUCAAAUAUCUGAACAAGAACAAAUCAGAGUUGACGAAGAGAAAUCGAAAGCUAUGAGGCCUCGCAGUGAGCGUACAUCUCAAGAUCCAAUCAACACGACUCUACGAACGACAAUUGAAAAUGGGGGUACUGUUCGAUCGAAAUCAGCUAAUAGCCUUCGCUUGCCGAAACCAAUCGAUAGAACGAUGUCAAAUACAACUUCCGUUUCGACAACAGACGAUUACUAUGAUCGUUCCGAUAAUAUCAGCCGAUACGAGAUUAGCAGCGGUGCAUCAUCAGAUGUGUACUUGCAGCCAAAAUUAAAGCCAGCCCUUAUCUAUGAAGAUGAUAAAUAUGAGGUCCCUGUUCUAUCAGAACUUGGUGCCACUGACACUAGUGUUAGGAAGGAAAUGCCAAUUCUUCCUAAACUUCGGAAGCCACCUUCUCCGCCCUCCUUCCGCCCGCGCAAUAGAAUACGACGGUUUAUUAGCGAUAGUUUCUCCGAUAAAUUCGAUACUAGAGAUCGAAAUACAGAACGCUUUGAAAAAUUAGCCAAGAAAAGUUUAGUUAGUGGUUACCUGUUACGCAGUGGAGGAGCAAAUAUUCAACGCAAACGUUGGUGCAUCCUCACGAAGGAUAGACUUUAUUUCUUUGUCAAAGAAAGGGAUUACUUGCCGCGUUCUAUAAUGAAACUGAAAGACUGUCAUUUAGAUGAAUCACAGUUGGCUGAGAAGGCUAUUAUUACGUUGAUCUUUCGAAAAUCGAAGCGUAUUAAAUUAACAUGUACUAAUCUGAAUGAAUAUAAUACGUGGCUUUCCGCUCUAAAAUCUGCUUUAGAAGAAUUUCGUGCCACGAGCUCAGAUUCUGAAAGUAACGGGUCUAAGACGCCGAAGAUAGUUAAUGAUACCUCCGAUACCUCCGAUAGCGACAACACUGAUGUUGAAGAUUCCCACGCUACUACCACAUCUUCUGACAACACGAUCAAUGUCAGUCGAAGUAUUACUUCUGUAUCAACCAAAUCAGGAAUUGUAAUCGUAGAUAGUGAUCCAAGUAGUGGAGGUAGUGUAUUAAGUUUCAACUAUCAGCAACCAUCCUUCUUCAGAAACGCCUUCCAAGGAAAAUUAGAUCGUUGUAUCUUUGAAAAUAAUAAAUAUGUUUGGCAAAACCGUUGGUGUGAGAUCAACAGGAGUAUACUAUACUGCUAUGUUCGUGAACGGGAUAGUAUUGCUUGUGAGUUUCAGGUAUCACUAUAUCAGUGUCGUGUUGAACCUGUUAACCUAGCGGAUAAAGGUCGUCCAUAUGCUUUCAAACUGAUUUCGUCUGAUAACCAAGAACUUGCUACCUUUGCUCAUGACAAUCGAGAAGCGCUACAAUCCGUUAUAAGACUAAUUAGGCACGCUGCUGAGAUGUCAAGUCCAGUCGAUAUAAAUGAAUAUGCAAAAGCUGAUAGCGAUUUGGAAAGGAAUGCCAAAACUACUAGUGCUAAAACGAAAAAUGUCAAAAAACCUAAGCUACCGAUGGCUCUAUUUCAACAACGACCUUUACCGCCACCAGCUAGUAACCUAGGCAGAAGUAAAUCAUCACAAGACAUUUCUAGCGAAGACGGCUUUUACGAAAGGAAUUUACAAACUGCCCAAGGUUCAAUUGACACUGAAGUCGUAUACCAUACACCAACAAGUGCUACAUCUAAAGGAUUUAGCGAAGAAAUAUACGAAGAUAUCGAUAAAGCCAAAAACGUUAUCUUAGAUAUGUAUGAAGAGGCCAGUAUAGCCACAAGCGGAGUAUCUACAAUUAAUAAGGAUAAAAACAUUGAGGAUUUAUACGAGAAAGUGGACGAUUUGAGAGAGAGAUUACGAAAGAAAUCAGUCCAGGUGAAGCCAAUUACCGAGACUAGCUCUAGUUCGAAUGCUUCAAAGUCUGUAACACCCCGACAUCAGUCUUCUGACUCAGCCAAAAAUAUUCCUACUGAUUCUGAUAGUGAUAUCGGUGCUACUUCACCCCUGUUUAACUCGGCCAAUUAUGCCUCACUGAAUAAGUUAAAAAACAUGAAUAGAACUGAUUCCGGUAGUAGUAGUCAAAAAAGCUUAGAGGCACCAUUUCCAAGUAGAACCAGAAGUUCAUUUUCAGAUGGAGAAAUGACAGUUAUAGAAGGGGAACUAAAUUUACCAAAGCAGUCAACAAUGAAUUUGACCUUUAAGAAACGCUGGUGUGUAGUUAAAGCAUCAGAUAGUCGUAGCAGAUUACUCAUCUUUCGACGCAAAGGCGAUCGCAAACCUACUGAUGAAUACAUUUUAUCCAAAUUGCAAUUAUUGGUUGACAGUAAACUUCCAAACGAAUUUAAGCUGAAGUAUAUCAGUGGAGAAAAUGCCGGCAGCUCUCUUCAUUUUCAGGCAUUUGGUAGAGAAGAAGCGGCUGCUUGGGCUGAAAAAUUACUUAAGCAUACCAUUAUUGCAACGCAAUCAGAUGCCUCUAUAGUAGCCAGUUUCAUUGCAGAAAAUUCCGCUAAUUCAGGCGUUAAUACUCCUACUAAUUUUUCUAGAACUAGGAGUAAACGGUUCUUUACAGCUAUCUUUGACAAUAAAGGAAGAUCGAGUAGCUUUACUGACGUACAUUCAGAAAAAAAAAUGGGUAAGGCGAUCCAGAAACGGUUAACAGCGACUAUUGAAAGGGAUGAAAAGGUAUCAAUGUCAAUAAAUCAGCUGAUGCAACGAGAAUCGCAAUUGCAAGCUCAGGUUGAAAAAAUUACUUCUGAUCUAAAGCGAACUAAAUUGGACUUACGUAAUGCCCAAGAUACUCAAGUUAAAGCAUCUUCUACCGAGGCUAAACUUGCUAGUAAGACAUGCGAAAAAUUAUUUAAGAAGAUGCAAUCACUUGAACAGUCGUUGGAGAAAACCAUACAAGAUUUAAAUAAGACGCAAAGUGACAUCAAGCGUCUACAAUCUAGACGCAGCUUUGGUGACAUGCAGAUAUCACAGAGUUCGCCGAAAACGAAACCUCGAAAGUAG